CGUCUCGUCCGCCUGCUGCUUGUGGUAUUUGAACAACGUGUGUCGUGCCGAAGUAUCACCACUCAGUUUGCAGGCAGCACCGGCAGAAAACGUCUCUUCUCCUCGCAAGUGGUGUUGGCACUGGCCUGUCCUAUCCACUUUCUUUGUCGCCGGUUGUGGCGGAAAACAGGUCGCAGACGAUAGGAAAGACGUUUCGGUGUGGCAAGUUUCGAGAAGUGAACCCAUUCCACAAGAUGAUGCACACCAUCCUCAAACGUGGCGGCGCGGCAGCGUCCGCCGGCGCGCGGAUAAGGGCGUCUGUCGCAACACACCCCCUGAGGGAAGCAGCACGGAUAGUCGUCGCCAGCGGGAGCGCAUCGCGCUCUGCAUGUCGCCAGUUCCAUGUCGCAUCGGUCGCUCGGUACAAUUAUGAUAAGGAUAUUUAUGGAUUCAGGACGCCGCGUGUGUUUGAGUCUCCUGAUUUCUCCGAACAAGAACGAGGCAACCGCAAUACGAAUCCUAACCUGGUUCGCCUGGUCAACAUGUACCGGUUACAUGGCCACAGGGUCGCAAAUUUAGACCCUCUCAACUUGACCCCACAAGAGAACGUAUUCCAAAUGGAUCCUGCGCGGUACGGCAUACCCGAGCUCGACAAGACUUACGACAUCAGCGGCAUCGUUCAUGUGGGAGAGGAAGGCAACCCGGCCGCCGCACGGCGAGAGGCCAGCCUGCAACAGAUUCUGGAUCACCUGAAGAGUGCAUACUGCGACCGCAUCGGUUACGAGUUCACGCACAUCCCGAACCUGAGCGAGCGGAAAUGGUUCGCGCAGCUGGUCGAGUCUUAUGAUAAGAAGCGGCUGAAGAAGGCAGAGAAGCUCCGCAUCCAUGAGCUACUGGCAAAGUCGGAGGUGUUUGACCACUUUAUGGCCAAGCGGUUCCCUCAAGUCAAGCGGUAUGGAUUGGAGGGUGCGGAGAGUAUGAUGAUCGUACUCGAUACCCUGUUCAAGGAGGCCAACGUCGCAGGCGUCCGCGACGUCGUUCUCUGCAUGCCUCACCGUGGUCGUCUCAACCUGCUCACGGAUCUCUUCGAGUUCAACCCCACCGCGCUGUUUUACAAAGUGAAAGGAAACGCCGAGUUCCCUGAUGAUAUUCCCGGUUCCGGCGAUGUGCUUUCCCACCUCGCAACCACCGUCGAUCUGGACUACGGGCAACCAAAGGGCAUCCACGUCUCCAUGCUCCACAACCCAUCUCACUUGGAGGCCGCCAACCCAGUCGCUCUCGGCAAAGCGCGCGCGAAGCAGAUGUACAUGUACGAAUCCGGCCAGGAGCAGGAGUGCUACAUCGGCGACCGGGUGAUGUGCGUGCAGAUGCACGGCGACGCGGCCUUCUGCGGCCAGGGCGUCGUCACCGAGACCCUCGGCCUGGCCAACCUGCCCCAUUUCACGGCCGGCGGGUCGGUCCACAUCAUCGUCAACAACCAGAUCGGGUACACCACACCCGCCAUGAACUCCCGCUCCUCGAUUUACAGCUCGGAUGUCGCAAAAAUGAUCAGCUGCCCCGUUAUUCACGUGAACGCCGACCACCCCGAAGACGUCGCGAUGGCUACCGCCAUUGCGUUCGAGUACCGCAACAAGUUCCGCAAGGACGUCAUCAUUGAUCUGAUCGCGUACCGCCGUAUGGGUCACAACGAGCUCGACGAGCCGGCGUUCACUCAGCCGGCAAUGUACAAGAACAUCCGCAGCCGCACCAGCGUGCCAAAACUGUACGAGGAGCAGCUACUCGCGGAAAAUGUGAUUCAAGACAAGUCUCAUGUCGAUAAUCUGACCAAGGCCUACUUUGAGAAGCUGGAUAAGCAUCUGGAGGAGAGUUACACGUUCCAGCCUACGGCCAACACCAUGGCCAGCAAAUGGUCGGAGAUGACCAUCCCCAAGCAGGCGAUCACGAAACCCAACACGGGCGUCGAUCUGGAGGUUCUGGAAGAAGUGGGCCGCCAAUCCGUAGAAGUGCCCAGCGGGACGACCGUCCACCCCCGUAUCCAAAAGUACCACAUCGACACACGCCUGAAACGCGUCAACGAAGGCGUCGGCCUCGACUGGGCGACCGCCGAAGCCCUCGCCUUUGGCUCCCUCCUCCUCGAAGGCAACCACGUGCGCAUCUCAGGCCAAGACGUCGGCCGCGGCACCUUCUCCCAUCGGCACGCGAUGCUCGUCGACCAAAACACCGAACGCACCACCAUCCCACUUAACCGCAUGCAAGUGAAUCACAGCCUGACCACCAAAAAACAAGGCAAAAUGGAAAUCGCGAACUCCUCUCUCUCCGAAUUCGCCGUCCUCGGCUUCGAAUACGGCGUGUCCUGGGAGACCCCACAUCGCCUGUGCAUCUGGGAAGCGCAGUUCGGCGAUUUCUUCAACGGCGCGCAAAUCAUUAUCGACACUUUCAUCAAUUCUGGCGAGGCGAAAUGGCUCCGUCAGAGCGGGCUGGUGAUGCUACUGCCGCAUGGAUAUGAGGGUGGAGGCCCCGAGCACAGUAGUUGUCGCGUGGAGCGGUUCUUGCAGCUGUGUGACCAGCCGUUUGAGGUGGCGAAGGCUGAGACGGCGGAUGUGAACAUGCAUGUGGUGAAUCCGACCACGCCCGCGCAGUAUUUCCAUGUGUUGCGGCGACAGCUCCACCGCCCCUACCGCAAACCCCUCAUCGUCGCCUCCCCCAAAUCCCUCCUCCGCCACCCACUUGCAACCUCGUCCCUCGCCGAGCUAGGCCCCUCAACAACCUUCCAGCCGAUCCUAACCGACACGACCGUCAACCCCGCCGACGUGCGCAAGGUCCUCUUCGUCAGCGGAAAAGUGUACUACGAGCUCGUCAAGGAGCGGAAAGCCCGCGGAGCGGAGGUGGAGAAGAGUGUCGCGAUCGUGAGAGUCGAGGAGCUGUGUCCGUUGCCUGUGAAGGAGAUCAGGGAGGUCGUGGGCGCGUUUGAGGGGGCUACUGAAUGGAUGUGGGUGCAAGAAGAACCCCAAAACCAAGGCGCGUACACCUUCGUUGAGCCGAGGCUCAAGCAGCUCAUUCCCAAAGGCGCUGAGCUCAAGUACCACGGCCGCGCCCCCUCCGCCGCCCCCGCGACGGGAAUCUCGCGCCGGUACAAGGCCGAGCAGGAUGCGGUCGUCAAGGGCGCCUUUUGAGCUGGCUGCUAUCACAAUCAUUUACCAUCAGAGAAAGCCCUCAACACAUUUUCCAGGACAUAUGGGCCCUGAUCAUGGACACGGAGCACGAGAGUAGGAGAGAUAGGAGGCAUUCAGAGAGGACCGUUUGAGGAUAUUGCAUUUUGUAGAUAAGACAACAUCAGAUCUUGAUUUGCCUUGGGCCUUAUGAUCGCUUCAUGUGACCGGGGGGGUCCUUGAUGUGGGGUUGCGGGUAGCGAAGGCGAAGGGCCGUUUCGAGGAAACCGCAACCGAUCAUGGGCAACUCAAAUCGAGGAC